AUGUUCUUCUGUUCCUCCCUCCGCCAGCGUCCUGAAUGGGCACCCUUGAUCCCUUUCCUAAUAAGCAAUACACCACCCUUUCAAGACACACACGACAUCGCCCUCCCCAUCUCCCAAAAUCAGACCUUUCGCUUCAUCCUCCUCUCGCCAAAGGAUGUUGGCCAACAAGCCACCGCGCAGCGCCUAGAGCGUCUCAACAGCCUCGAUGGAGGCUGCAACAUUGCUGUCGUCUUCCUCAUCGGCGAGGGCGUCGACCAAUGUGAUGCGACACAGGCUUUCAUGGAGUUCAAGAUUGACCUCUUAGAGAAGCUUGAUCCGCCCCUACUCAUACUACCUCUAACGUCACACACGGGGCUCCCCUCAAUUCUCGCAGGCCUCCAAGAGAUGCUCGCCGCUAAGUCUUCAUCGUCUCUCUCUCCAGCCCAACCCUCCGCCGACCUACUCCUGUACAUGGCUGGCGACAACGAACCCCUCUCGGAACACGGCGCCAACCUCCUCAGCGAAUUAGGCCAGUCCCCGCGCGAGAUUGCCGCCCUCGCCGACACAGAGGAGUGUAAGGCGCGAAUCUUGGAUUUGUUGGGCCCGAAGGACGGCAAGGCCAUUCUGGGGUUCCUGGCGCUGGAGAGGCUGGCUCUCACAUGA